AGAGGCAAAUUCCUCCAGUAAGUACCCGAGCCUAGUUAAGCGAUUGACUUUUUACUCUGUCACUGACAGAGCAAAGGAUAAGCGAACUGACAGACUGUCAGUUCCUGGUGCUAUAAAAGAUAAAAUUCGCCGUGCGGAUAUUAGGCCGUCUUGCAGUAGAUCCGAAACAAGUAGAGCAUAUUUAGUGUACUUGAAUUCAAUCAUUUCAUCAACUUAAGUAUCUUCACCUUGUUCGAAGAGCCAAGUCAUGACACUGCAUCGCGCAACAGGAGCUCCUACGGUUUCUCCGGUUCUUCUUUCCACGAGAACCACUACACAAAAGUUGGUUCUCUUGGCUUUGCACGCCCUUCUCGACGGAGAUCCUAUCUCUCCCGGACCACGACGAGAACCUCUACUGUUCGUUGCUGCAAGAACCUCUCUACAGCAUGUUCAGAGCAGUACUUCUGCUACGACCUCGUCCGCCGAACAACAAGACACGUACUGUCCCGACUGCGCUCCCUACAACUUACUCCGUAUCUUAGAUCCCGACACCGGUCGGGGUACUGGUUGGUACGAUUCCGCCGUUGUAAAAGCCGACCAGUGGGACGUGAGUGCAGCCGGUUGGGAGGAGUGUGGUGUGAUAGCAAACGGCCACGAGCACGACCACGAAAAAUGCGCGAAAUUGGCCACGAUGCAGGUGAUGCGGAAGUGCCAGUUGACCGGCUGUCAUGCGGUGAUGCGGAAGAAAGUCGGAAGUGAGUUGGAAACCACCGAAGUGCUUUGGUCCGGCGAGUCGUCCACCUGGGGAGGCCCGAAAACCAAAACGGAAACGCUGGGAGGACCGGAUGAAUCCACGUGGCUCGCGCAAAUGGCCCCUCCGGGUUGGGCGGAGGCGGGCCUGAGUCAUCUUCAAGAACUACCCUUGCUCCCCCAGCUUCAGACCGCGAGUGACGAGGGGAAAAUCAUCAUUUCGCUGACCUGCCAGAAGCGACCCUGCCAAUUUAAAAACACCGGAAAUGGCUGGCGGCAGCAUUCGGAGACGGGGCUGUGUGGGGAAGAGGGUGCUGCAGUCACAAAUUCCGCAGACUUCGAACAAAGCCAUGAUGCGCACUUUUCUGUCGUCGCCAAAUCCCUACUGCUCGGCGAGUGUCGCGAGAGUGCGUGCUGCGCCGGGGUGGUGGAACAAGGGGAGAACGGUGUGUGCAAAGAUGCUGCUGCAACCGACACAGAAACCACGAGUGGCAAGAACGGGUAUCAAAUGCAAAAGUGUCUGGGUCUGGAAGAUUGCGAGACUUGUCAUGCUUGUCUGGCAUGUUGACCAAAAAGUUUGUGAUGCGUGUCCAAGAAGAGACCCUUUUGCCUGUCAUGCAAAAACGCAGUUUGUCAUGCGAAAAACGUAACACAAAGAAGCGCAGACAUUCAUAUUUCUCAUGCUUGGCUGUGCAUUACAGAGCAUUCACUAUUUCCAACGCAGCAUUACAAGUUUCCAGACCCAGACAUUUUUGCAUUUGAUAACGAGGGCCAAACUCCUAUGAGGCCCUUGCGAGAAUACACAGUUGCCGCGGACAUUAUGGCGUUCUCAACUGUUACAUUCUCAACUGUUACAUGGAUUUGUGAUGCAAGAACUGCAAAAGUGAAAAGGGAGAGGCUGCACUUCUAGCAUUACAAGUUUUGCACAGAUUUAGGUGCUGUGUAGCCCUUCGCAAAUUUGUCAUGCGAAGCAGCUUUCCCGUGUGAAUCUUGAAGGUAGUCCUGCAUGACAAAUUCAUGUAACAGUUCUUGAGAAUGUAACAGUUGAGAGCGCCAUAGACAUCGUUUCCGUAAAAGCGGAUGCGCUGGCAAAGCCGCCGGUCAAUUGCGUCGGGUCCUGGCUGAAUUAG